AUGAUCUUCAACUUGGCUACAUUUGCCUUGGUGGAUGUCAUCGGAAGUCGACCACUGUUGAUAGCCGGCGCCUUCUUCAUGGCCGCCUCAAUGAUGCUCGCAUUCGGUUUCUACGGCCUAUCCUGGGCAUCAAUAGCCUACGUCAUCUUCGGCGAGGUCAGCCAUGUCAAAGAGAGAACGAGUAACCUGGCUGUGUCUGUCUCGGUGGUUACCACGUUUGUGGUCUCGUUUACGGUGCCGUAUCUUAUCAGCACCCUGUAUGCGGAUCUGGGUGCGAAGGCGGGCUUUAUAUAUGGUGGUUUUACGUUGGUUUCGGUGGGCGUGGUGUGGUUUUGUGUUCCUGAGCUGAUGGGAGGUCGUUGGAGGUGGAUAGCUUAUUUGAGGUUGAUAAGGCUAAUAAGCGAUGAUAGUAUAAAUGUGGUGGCCUGAUAUCAUGACUUGUCUGCCAGUUGUUAUGUCAAGUAUCG